AUGUGCAGACCCCCUGACCUUGGUACAGUGAUGCGUACAGUAGUAGUGAGCCAAGUUCAGGGAGGUCUCUACAUUUCAGCAACCAUUGUAUACUUCGGUGGUAUUCAGGUGAUCAACGGGACACAAGAGUCGCUUCCCAUGUCAGACAUUUUCGUAUACCACAUCACGAACGCCAGAUGGUAUAAGCAGACGACGAGCGGUGCAGAGCUACCGGGGAGUCGAAGACGCUUUUGUGGUGGCGCUUCUGUUGAUCAUGGUAUUGGUUACGGCGAUGUUUGGAUUUUGAGCCUACCCUCAUUCACUUGGAUCAAGUUCUUCCCGACAUCAGACGAUGACGCAGAGACAAUCCCACACCACUCGCUGACCUGCGAUGUUUACGAAAAUUCGCAGAUGAUCAUCAUGGGUGGUCACCUCACCAACAGCACCGACUGCGACGUUCCUGCGAUAUACGGAUAA